ACUGGGCUGCUAUUAAGCAAACCCAGAAUUCCCUCCAUAACCAAAAGAAAAGAAAAGCUUCAUUCAGAUUUUAGAGAGAGAAAAAUGGCGUUAGUCGGAGGUAUUAAGGAGAAAGAAGGAUCAGCUAACAGUUUGGAAAUCGAAACUCUUGCUCAAUUUGCUAUUGAUGAACACAACAAAAAGGAGAAUGCUUUACUCGAAUUUCACAGGGUUGUAAAUACUAAGGAACAGGUGGUUGCUGGUACUAUCUACUAUAUUACUCUUGAGGCAACUGACGGUGACAAGAAGAAGAUUUAUGAAGCAAAAAUCUGGGUUAAGCCAUGGGCGAACUUCAAGGAAGUGCAGGAAUUCAAGUAUGUUGGCGAUGCUGAUGCUCCAGCAGAGGGUUCUAGCAGCUAAUUAUGUAACUUCCAUGUUACAUCUGACAAUGGUCUCUGCCUCCGGUGAUCAUACUCAGUUUAUUCCGAGUACAUUGCGCUGCUAAGACCUGUUUGGAGUGUCAUUUCCUAUGUAGAUCACUCUUCCUAAACUAUCAUGUAACCGUUUUAUCCUUUAAUUCAUUGGAGAUGCAUAAAUGGAUUAUUGUUCUAUACUCUGAUCCAUAUGUCAAGUUCUUAAUACUUUUAUUAAUGGAAGCAUAUAGUUGUUCCUCAGUAA